AUCUCAACUGUGCUUUACCAGAAUGAACAGUAUAAGACUUUUUCAAACGACGGGAGUCGGGAGAAACAACAUGCUUUCCAGUAUAUUUACUAGCAUAGUUAAACCUUCGUUCAGCGUGGGAUCUUUGCAUAACGGUGGUGCUUUUGGUUUCUUGUACCCUCGCUUGCAUCAGGCUCCAAAGUUCACCAUCACUUUACCAGAAUUCAUUGGUGAAUGGAUAUUGAAGGCUGUGCCUAAGAAGAAACCCUCAUAUAGAAGAACCAGACAAAAGUUAUAUGCUCCCGGUAAUAAGAAGAUCCAGCCGUUAAACAAUAUUGUUAGAUGUCCAGCUUGUGGAUCAGUCAAAAGAUCUCAUUUCAUGUGUAUGAACUGUUUCAUGGAAAUCAAACAGUUUUUAAAGACCUUAAAACCAAAGAGUUCCGAACCAGUGCAAGCAGAUCUUGAUGAAAUUGACACAAAUAUCUUGUACCCCCAGAAAAGGUUAUCUGCUUAUGGGAGAAGGAUGAAGAAGAGAGAUUGGAUUCCUCAGAGAGAGAAGCCGUUGAUGUUCGAUUCACAACAAGUCAAACACAGAAAAUGAUGCCAUACAUAUAAUCCAAUUUGUACAUAGACGAUAAUUAGUGCAUGAAGUGCAUACUUU